AUGUCGCUCACAAACUGUCGCUUCUACGAGGAGAAAUAUCCCGAAAUCGACUCGUUUGUCAUGGUCAACGUCAAGCAAAUUGCCGAAAUGGGCGCCUACGUGAAGCUACUGGAGUACGACAACAUCGACGGCAUGAUCCUCCUCUCCGAACUCUCCCGACGACGUAUUCGAUCCAUUCAGAAGCUCAUCCGUGUCGGCCGCAACGAGGUCGUCGUCGUGCUGCGUGUGGAUAAGGAGAAGGGAUACAUCGAUCUUAGCAAGCGUAGAGUGUCGCCAGAGGACAUUGUCAAGUGCGAGGAGCGCUACAACAAGAGCAAGAUGGUCCAUUCUAUCAUGCGCCACGUCGCCGAAAAGACCACAACACCCAUCGAAGAACUCUACCAGGACAUUGCCUGGCCGCUCAACAAGAAGUAUGGACAUGCUGUCGACGCCUUCAAGCUCUCCAUCACCAACCCGGAUGUGUGGAAUGAGGUUACCUUCAAGAGCGAUCUCAUCCGUGACGAGCUGCAGUCCUACAUCAGCAAGCGCCUCACACCCCAACCUACCAAGGUGAGAGCGGAUGUAGAAGUGACAUGCUUUGGCUAUGAGGGUAUCGAUGCCGUCAAGGAGGCCCUGCGUAAGGCCGAGGCCAAGAAUACGGUCGACACCCAGGUCAAGGUGAAGCUGGUUUCCCCACCUCUCUACGUCCUCACAUCGCAAACGAUCGACAAGAACAAUGGAAUUGAAGUCCUCACCGAUGCCAUCAAGGAGAUCGAUACCAGCAUUCGCGCCGCGAACGGAAGCUGCAUUGUAAAGAUGGCACCCAAGGCAGUCACGGAGAACGAUGAUGCAGAGCUGCAGGCGCUGAUGGACAAGAAGGAGCGCGAGAACAUGGAAGUGAGUGGCGACGAGGAUGAGAGCGAGAGUGAUGAGGGCGUAGUCGCGGCGAACGAUUAA